AUGGCCGACAAAAAGGACAUCGCACACUGUGAAUUCGCCGCGGAUGAAUAUGCCCUGCUCUCGGAAGAGGAUGCACAGCUAAUGCGGUCUUUCGAAGGAAAGAAGGGGAAGGCUGUUAUUCGCAAGAUCGAUGGUCGACUCAUACCCAUACUAGCCAUUCUAUAUCUGAUGGCUCAUGUUGAUCGAGCCAACAUUGGCAAUGCGAAGAUUGAAGGCAUGGACAAGAACCUGGGGUUAGUCAGAAAUCAAUACAAUAUUGCGUCGACUAUAUUCUUUGCUCCCUACAUUGUCUUUGAGAUACCCUCCAACAUGAUUUUGAAAAAGGUCCGGCCGUGCAUUUGGCUCUCAGUGCUGGUCAUCGGCUGGGGCACCAUCAUGACAUUGAUGGGAAUUGUGCAGAAUUUCCAGGGUCUGGUAGCCUGCCGAGUGUUCCUAGGAUUUGUCGAGGCCGGAUUCUUCCCCGGCGCCGUCUUCAUAGUCAGUUCGUGGUACAUCCGCACGGAGCUUCAAGAACGCCUUGCCCUCUUCUACACGGCGUCCGCCUUUUCCGGAGCCUUCAGCGGUCUUCUAGCAUUUGCCAUCGCGCAUCUGGACGGAGCACGAGGGGUUGCCGGAUGGCGCUGGAUCUUCCUCAUCGAGGGCGCCAUCACCGUAGCCGCAGGGCUAGCGAUGCCGUUUCUGAUCGUCGAGAACGCAGAACGAGCCGGCUGGCUCACCCCGGAGGAGAAACGGUUCGUUGACUGUCGUCUGCGACUCGCCGGAGUACGCACCUCAACUGAAGAAGGCGACAAGUUCUCUUGGCGGCUGCUGUGGUCCACGCUCACAGACUGGAAAGUCAACCUGGGCAUCCUGAUGUCCUGGGCCAACGCGGCGCCCACGUCGGCCUUCAAAUUCACCAUGCCAAAGAUUAUCACCGAGCUGGGUUUCAGUUCCGCGAGAGCUCAGUUACUCAGCAUUCCGCCCUACGUGGCAGGAGGUAUCUCGGCCUGGGUGGUCGGACGAUUUUCGGAUCGGUUUGCAUGGCGAUUUCCCUUCGUGAUCGGGCCGAUGAGUAUUUUGCUCACGGGGUUGGCGAUUCUCUUCUCCUUCUCGUCCUCAAUAUCCACUCAUGUUCCAGUUAUGUAUUUUGCCAUCGUGCUGUCCCAGGUUGGCAUUUAUCCUCUACUGCCGGGAAUUUCGGCCUGGACAGGCAAUAAUCUCGCACCGUCAUGGAAGCGAUCCAUCGGGUUGGCGUGGUUACUGGCGGCAGGGAAUUUUGGCAGUCUGAUCGGCACAAAUAUAUUCCUGGACAUAGAGGCACCUGUUUAUACAAGCGGAUAUGCCACCUGUUUGGCGAUUGUGGUUCUGGGAAUGAUCGCGGCAGCAGCGAACGAAUUUCUCCUUUUACGAAGCAACAAGCAGAGGGCUGGGGUCUCCGAAGAGGAUGUGCGAGCGCAGUUUACGCAGGAAGAGCUGGAUCGGCAGGGUGAUAAGAGUGUGUUGUACAAAUAUACCCUGUAG